GGGGGGAGUUUCCGCCGGACUCCCCGUCGAGGAAAGCGGCGGGCGUGAUGUCGCGCGUGGGGCUGCUGUGUCGGUUGGGCUCGCGGCUGCUGGCUUCGGGAGCAGGGAUUCGGAGCGGUGGUCUGUGGUGUGUCACAGCUAGGCAUAUUACUGACAAUUCCACAUGGUGGGAUGAGCACCUUUCAAAAGAGAAUUUCGAGUUCCUUAAGAAGUAUACAGCGGAAGAAUUCAAAGCUCAAACAGCCAGUAAACUCUGUCCAUUAAAAGAUGAACCCUGGCCUUUGCAUCCAUGGGAGCCAGGUUCCAAAAGGGUUGGACUUAUUGCAGUAAAGUUGGGGAUGAUGCCAUUGUGGACCAAGAAAGGUGAAAGAGUGCCUGUCACAUUACUUCAGGUUAGAGACUGCCAUGUAUUAAAGCAUAUACCGAAGGAAGAAAUGGGCGGAAAAGAUCCCUUUCUGCUUGUUGGAGGAAGAAAUGUUUCACAGUUUUAUAAAGGGAGAGCUAUGAUGGAGUUGUGCAGAACCGUUGGCAUCCCGCCAAAGGAGAAGAUUUCAACGUUUAGAGUUUCUGAGAAUGCCCUCAUUAAGCCAGGUACUCCCCUGUAUGCUGCUCACUUCCGUCCUGGACAAUAUGUGGAUGUCACUGCAAAAACACUUGGCAAAGGCUUCCAAGGAGUCAUGAGAAGAUGGGGUUUUAAAGGUCAGCCUGCUUCCCAUGGCCAGACUAAAACACACAGGCGACCUGGAGCCAUUUCCAAUAGUAAGGUUGCAAGGGUUUUCAAGGGAAAGAAAAUGCCAGGGCGGAUGGGAAACGUCUUCAGAACAACGGUGGGACUAAAGGUGUGGCGGAUCAGUGUGAAGCACAAUAUCAUUUAUGUACACGGUUGUGUUCCAGGUCAUAAAAACUGUUUAGUAAAGGUCAAGGAUUCGGCUCUACCAGCUUACAAAGAUGACAGCAAGAAUUUACCAUUCCCAACUUAUUUCGCUGAUGGCGAAGAGCAGCUGUCUGAUGAGUUGUUUGAUGAGGACAUUUUUCAGUUCACUGAGCCCUCCAUAACAUUCACUUAACUAUUGACAUCCUGAGGUGCAGCCAGGCUUCCCAUCAAAAAUGUCGGUCCGAAGACGCAAAGCAGGAAAAUCUUCCCCCGAAAAGGUAUCAUCUGGCACCAACCUGCCCACAUGACUCUGGACAACAAUUUUUGUUAAGAGUUUUCUUCAUCGCAACAGAUGUCAAAGGAUGAUAAGCAAAGAAAUAGUGACACAGCUGAUUGACACUUUCAAAAAAUAACUCAAAACCUUCCAAACUGAUAAUACAUGUGUGUGUUUAUAUUUAGUGUAUAUUUACCUCUAUCAUGUUAUGAAACAGAUACGUGUGUCUGGUUUUUUCCUUUCCUCAGCAGAAAAUCGGCUGUUGUUAAUUGCUUAAUAUAAAAAAUGCCACUUUUUAAGUUCAUUUUGCCCUGUGCGUGAGCAGUUUGGAGACACACAGGCUAUGCGUGGUUCCAAGAGACCUUGUCACCUACAUCAUAGUAAGCCCCACACUCCCAGUGGUGGCUUCCUUUGCUGUCCCUACUACAGCAGAUCUGACAGCCAGCAAGACAAGUCGCUUUUUUAAAUGGCACAUCUGUAUUGGCAUCGGCUGUCGAGAGUUGCUGAAGGGAAACCCACAGAGAAGGCAGAUCCAGUGUCUGCUGUUCACAUACAUCUACAUAAAGCCAGGGAUCUUCGCAUAUUCAACAACAAGGGUGCAAUGGAUAAGAGGGAUAAAGAAUUUCUUUUUAAUUUCUCCCAGUUCAGACUGAAGCAUAUAUGGUGCUCUUGUGUUUUCAGGAACUUAACACAAUCUUGUGAGCAAUUCCCGUCUUCUGAUGUCCCCUAGCAACAGGAGCAGGGAAAGAGUUAGUUAAAAAAACAACAGUUGUCAAGUUUGCCUGUUUGCAGUUCACUCUUAAGUGCUUCAGAUGGCAAUCCUGGCUACCCUCAAUUACCUGAAGAUUGCACUCAUACGAGAGAAAGCAAUUGUUCUCCAUCAGUGCUCAUCUCUAACUCCCAAAUCUGUCACAUUAAUAAAUGUCCAAGCUGUCUACUUUGAUUUGGAGCUGUGCUGUGCCUUUUCACUGAGACACAAUACCAUAUCAACCACCGUUAUCCUUUCCUAUCAAAGUGCACGUUUUUAAUGCAAGUUAGUAACUAAUUAUUUCGCAUGACGUCCUCUAUCUUAUUUUAAAAAAAAUAAUUGCUUGUUUAUAAGCAUGGUGAGAUUUUAAUUUUUUUAAAAAAAACCAUUUUAAAUCCCACAUAUUAAAUACAAAUUAUGUUUUGAAAGUAUAUUCCUAAACUAUUAAUCUAAGAUGAAGAAAACCCCCCCAUACUGUUUGGUGCCAUUGUUAUUUUGGAAUAUUAGUGUUAAUUAACGAGAUUUCGCAGCCAUGUCCCAUAACAGCAAGCCGCCUGCUUCCCAGUUAACUUUGAAUAUGUUGACUUCCAAAUCUUUCUUAUUAGCAGAUACAACAUAUAUAGUCAUAAGGGUGAUAAUUGUUUAAAAGCAUUAUCUGCUGGCCUGCAAUGAUGUAAGGCAGAAUAGGAUGAUGACUUGAAAAAGUAGAACUCUGAUAUUACCGAGUUGCUUCCCAGCAAGGAUUGAACUAGAACUCCCAUCAACUCCUGCAAGCAUGACCAAUGGUUCAGGAUGAUGGGAGUUGUAGUCUGGAGGGCACCAUGUUGACUACCUCCAUAGUAUAUCCUUGUUCAAUGCCAAGAGGUGUGUGUAUUCUUGUUUUCUGGCAGCUCCAUGUAAUCUCCCUGUAAUUUACUAUAUUUUGUCUGCUGUACUAUGUUUUGCCUCUGCUGUUUCCAUUCCUUGGUUUUGGAAAGUAUAAAAAUGUCCUUGGAGUUGC